AGAUAUAAAGAACCUGCUCUCUAGACACUGUAUCAGAUUCUAACUUGCUAUCAGAACACGAUGUUCAGAAAUAUCUUGUUGUUCAUCCUUGGUGCUUUAGUCACUGCUCAGCUUUGUCAUGCUGAUGCAGUAGACGAUGCAGAGGCAGCUCUCAACGUUCUCCGUCAAACAACGAGCGACAACCUCAAUGGAGGCUUCUUGGAACAUAUCAAAUUGUCUACAGAAGUUGACACUGUGGCCCUUGACACCAAAGAAACCGGUCUAAAAGACCUGGAAGCCAAAACCGCGGAACUUAUUCUACAACUGAAGAAAGUCAGAAAUUCAACUCCGUCUAAAGUGGCUAGCUGUUUCGGAACUCUUACUCGCCUGCUGCAAGAAGCUGCUGAUGAUCUAGAAACUUGUGUCAACGAUCAAGCUGAUGAAGCUGUCACUCUUAUUUUCGACAAGAGUUCUGGAUUGACUGUCCAAACACUGAAAACUAUUUAUGAUGAAGAGAAGGAAAUCAUUUUCUGUGGUCGGUCUAAUGAAGAGUGCCUGGCUGGGGUGACUGCAGACAUCAAUGAGAAAACGGCGGCAGUUCCAGAUGUAAUUAACGAUGAGAUUGAACUCGAUCGUCAAGCCGUUGAGGAACAAAUUGAACUCAUUAAAGCUUGCGCUGCUAAGGUUGUUGAAAAAGCAAAUGAAUUUUCUAAAAGAUGUGUCUAGUAAUUUGCCGAAAAAAAUGUCCUGUUUUCAAGACUUCAGUUAUAUUUGUAACGUCGUUAAUAAAAAUGUACAGUAGUUUUUCCAAUGUUGUAGUCCGAUGCUAUUAAAUCUAUAGACAUUAUAAAACUUCUAGAA